ACCUUAUCCAAUACGUUUUCAAAUGAAAAUUUUCCCAUCACAAAACAUCAUCAACCGUUGGAUUCACAUCGAGACAAAACAGAUCAACGGCUGAAGUCAAUCCGUAGACCUUAAAAUAACCAACAAAACGGCGAAGCCGCAGAAAGGAUAACGGAAGCCGCUUUUGCUUUUACGGAGAAAGCAGAAAGUCAUCUCUUCAGUUUUUAUGUAUUUUGGUUUUCAUUUGGAAUAAGGCAAAGGGGUUCGAAUUUUCGAUCCGGGUUUAGGUUGUUCGUUGUGAGAAAAACGGGAAAAAAGAAAUAGCUAUGGCUGAGGUUUUGGGGAAGGCGAAUCUGUUUACAACUUGUGACUAUGGUCAGAAGAAGAAUCAAGGUGGUGGAGUUUCUUUGUUUUCUGAGAGGAUUUCUGGGUUUUGUUUAAAGAAGAAUAGUUUUCCUUCUGUGAAGGUCCAAUCUCAGGCUUUGAGGACUGAUUUUAAUGGAAAACAAUUGUUUUUUUUGGAUAAGAAAAGUGUGAACAAGAGACGGUUUUGUCAAGUUCCCAUCAAAGCACAGAUGCAGACUGGCCUUAUCGGCAGAAGUCAAAAGUGGUGGGAGAAGGGGCUGCAACCAAAUAUGAAAGAGGUGACAUCUGCCCAAGACCUGGUAGACUCUCUUAUGAAUGCUGGGGAUAAACUUGUUGUAGUAGAUUUCUUCUCCCCUGGUUGUGGUGGCUGCAAGGCUCUCCAUCCCAAGAUAUGUCAAUUGGCAGAGAUGAAUCCAGAAGUGCAGUUGCUUCAGGUGAAUUAUGAGGAACAGAAAUCAAUGUGCUAUAGUCUGAAUGUCCACGUGCUGCCUUUCUUCCGGUUCUAUAGAGGAGCUCACGGGCGUCUAUGCAGCUUUAGCUGCACCAAUGCCACGAUCAAAAAAUUCAAAGAUGCAUUGGCCAAGCACACGCCAGAUCGGUGCAGCCUAGGGCCAACAAAAGGGCUCGAGGAGAAGGAGCUUUUGGCAUUGGCUGCCAACAAAGAUCUUUCCUUCAACUACACACCAAAAACAGUUCAACCUUCACCUGUUCCUGCACAGGAAGAGAUUCUGGUAUCAAAAGAAGUUCUAUCUGAUUCCGGGACAAAGCUUCCUUUCCCUCGUCCUGCAACAUCCUUAAAGCUUAAAGAGAGUGAGGAGAAAUCCAUGGUUGGUGCUGGGAGAUGAUUUUAGUUUUUUGCUAGCCAUAUUCUCCUCGCUAUUGUCACUGUACAGUUGCUACAGUACUAUUUCCAUGUUCGUCUUUCAUGUACUAAUAUUAAUGUUCGAAAUGAACAACAUAGUAGAGGCUAAGCCAUACGGCAUCCUGUCUUCCCAUGGAGUUGCAGGCUUUUGGAUUUAUUUUUUUGGAUCCUAGCCUGCUUGAUUCAAGGGUGUUUGAAGAGCAACUAGCUGUGUAUAUGUUGAGUUGUUUUUUUUACUGUUUAAAGGAAACCCCCUUCGGUGAAUGUAAAAAUCUUAGUAUGUAUUGUUAUAGAAAUUGAAAGCCUUUUUAUUUUCUUUUUCUUUUUUUCCCCUUUUUUGUGUUGGAAACAGAAUAUCUGUACUGGAUAAUAUAAUACUAUGAAUGAUAAUUAAUUACUA